GUGUUUACAUAUAUGUGUACAUAUAUGUACAUGUGUACGUGUGUACAUGUGCAUAUGUGUGCGUGCGUGUACAUAUCUGUGUACAUGUGUGUGCAUACGUGUACGUGUGUGUGCAUAUAUGUGUGCGUGUGUGUGCAUGUGUGUACGUGUGUGUACAUAUAUGUGCGUGUGCAUACAUAUAUGUGUGCAUAUGUGUGCAUGUGUAUGAUAGAUCUCAGUGACAAGCAAGAUUUUUGUCAUCACUCUGGAGUAUUUUGA